AUGUCCUAUUACUUUAAAAAUUUGAAGCCUGGCCAAGAGCCUGAUGACAACAGUGAAGAUGAUUUAGAGAAUAUUUUAAGCAAUAGAAAACAACAUGAAAUAGGCUCUGAAGAGAGUGACGAUGAAUUGAAAACCUUGUCCUUUGCCUCUCUGAAGAAAGCUAAUGUUGUGUUGAGUGAAGAAGAGCGGAUGGAGGCUAAGAAAGUAUCUAAAAAGCCUAAGUUGGCAGAAAAGAAGUCUAGAUAUAAGCAAUCUGAAGAAGUGGUUGAAGACCGUCAUACUAAACAUUUUAAAGAGGGAUCUUUUGAUAACGACAGUGAUCUAAGCGGUAGCGAUGAUGAUAGCGGAAGUGAUAUUGGGUUCUUUGAAGAAGAUGGAGUAAAAUCAUCUCAUAAGGACAAAUCCAACAAUAAAAGACACAAGCAUGCACCAACCGAACAUUCAUCAAAGAAACGUGUCUCUAAAAUCAGAGAAAUACCUGGCCUAGAUACCAGUAGGGGUAAGAGAAACUUAUAUCAGGAUAUUAGAUUCGAUAAGUCAAUGGGUGAGGCAACAGAUAUCAAUGUGAUCAGAAAUCGUUAUCAGUUUUUAGAUGAAUACAGGCAGAAUGAAAUCGAUGAGUUGGACGCUUUGCUGCAUGAUCGUAAAUUUAUAAGUAAGAUAUCAGAGUAUGAGAAGGCUGACAUGGAGGAGAAACUGAGAAGUAUGAUGUCGAGAAUGCAAUCGAUUAAAAACAGAGACUUGGAAAGAAAGAUUGUUAAAGACUACGAAAACGAGUUGAAUAAAGAUAACAAGACUAGAUUCCAUUUGAAGGAGUCUGAUAAACGUAAGGUUAUACAGAAAUGGAAGUUUGAACAUAUGAAGAAUAAACAAAGAGAGAAGGUAAUGGAGAGAAAGAGAAAGAAAAGACUUGGUAAGGAAUUCAAGCAAUUCGAAUUUCACCAGCAGAGAUAA